CGAUGUCAGCUCAAGCUUCGCUGGUGUCUGGCCACUCUUGUACUAAGUGAAGGGAUGAUCUCGGAUCUAGACUAGUACCGCUCGCUGGUACUAUCUCUAAUGCGGUAGACUGGGGUAAGAAUUGAUGGAAGAACUUCUUUUGCACGGGCACAACGUUACGGUGAGUGCCCCGCGAAAUGAGUCUCGCAGAGCUUGAGAAUCUGGUUAUGGCUCUUGGAGUUUUUUGAACGCGUAGUCGUGAUGAGCUAGGAAAUGCGAAGCAAGCAAGCGAAACUCUCGAUUGUAAAUAUUCGACGAUAAUUUCCCCAAGCGGAAGAAUUGGUGUUGGAACGAGCCCAAGCCCGAGCCCGAAUUGUGAACCGGAAAGUUAUUAUUCUACCAACCGGUGUUCGUUGAUUCGCGAAGUUAGCUCUUUAGGUUUCAUCAUUUGACUAGAAUUCCGCAUGCUGCCUCUCGACUUGGGUUUAAAUUCACCCCUUAUUAAAUGUUUAGGGUAAAAAAUUUGUUGGUUCAGGUUUCUUGUCCUCUUUUUCAAGGAUCGCCCUACAUAAAUUUGGAGGUUGGAGUCCGGCUCCUUUGAACUUCAAAUGCAAGGUUACGUAACAUGCAAUUAUUUUCACCUUCUGCAAAGUGUCUGAAAUGUGAUAAUCACCUUGCAGGCGUGGAUUCAGAGCUCUGGCGGAUUGAAAUUAUGUUCUUUGAACUUUGAAGUGAAGGGCUUCGAUCCAAACAAUAAGGUCUCAGCACCUUGCGACGCCUGAAGACAAGUAGAUGUGCAUGAAUAGGUCCACAAUCCUCUUAAAGCAAGCCAUGUGUGGCCCUGGCUUCAAAGCUGUAGAACAGCAGCACAAUCAUCUCGUCAGACAGGUGUUCCUAGCCUAUUCUAGGACGUUGAUUCCUUGCAUCAGGGCGGUGAUACUUUGAUAGUUUCUCAUAAAUUCGUACCAUGUUGCCGCAUUCCCUUACAGAGAAUGACUUGAUGUGAAGCAUCCCUUGCGUUGGUUCACGAUGUCCAAUCUCACGAGCUUGGCAGUCUGGAAUCAGAACAGUCGAUUCGAUGUGACUGCAUUAACAAUUACACGUAAUUCAAGGUACUGGUAUGAUAUAGGGUUUACGUUUUUAGCUACCCACUGUUGAGCACCCCAGGCUCCUAGACUUGCUCGUUUCACCACUCUCACUGACAACAACGAGAAAAAGCCUAUUUUCACAGUGCAGGCAAGAAUUCAACCUCCGUGUGGGGUGUAUCGUUGGAAAAGCCCAUUUUCAUAGUGCACGCAAGAAUUCAACCUCCGUGUGGGGUGUAUCGUUGGUGGAUGAGCAAAUUUUGUUGCAACUUCGAGAAGUAACUGAUGUCAGAAAUCACUGUAGAUCAGAGAGUUAAUGAGGAAAAAGACAUGGUCUGCAUUGUGCAGUUGAUACUUAUCAUCAGAAUUCUCUAGUUGCUGUGAUGUGGACACCGGCAUUACUGUGCAUCGUACUACUACCUCAACUUUUUUCCCCUAGUCCACGCUUGAGUUGCUUUGUGUCUUCUUUCUCACCAGUCACAACCAUAGGUGUAUUCCUUAAAAUGUUCUCCACAUCCUUUGCAUGCUUCCGAUCAGCCGUGUUUUUCAAUGACUUGCUGAAAGGCGCGAUGAAAGCUUUUCGCAACACAUGUUUUGCGAAUCCUUGUCAUCCUUGCGAGUACUCCGGUGCGGUUUUUCGGCAACAUAGAGCUAAUGCUUCUAUCGGUAAGCAAGAUCUUCCAGCACAUGAAGUUACUCAUAUAAGUCCGUAAUUGCUUGAUACCUCGCAUCAGCAGGAGGUUCCAAUCCGUUCACUAUUGAAGAUGCUGGAAACUUGAAGAUAUGGAGAUAGCCAAAAUGCCGCACGUACCCAGGCAUUAAAAUCCGGCAUCCCGACCAUACCCAACGGUUAUCAGUUGGUGCAAUCGAAAAGGACUACAGAAGCAGUUUGGACCAAAAGAUCUGGACCUUAAAGAUACAGAGGAUACACAGUGAGAACGAAAAAAGGGGCGAUAUGGACACGUCGGCUGACUUAGACGAGACUUUGACGAGACUUAGACGAGAGUGCUCCGAAAUUUUAGACUCGACAGUGGAGGUCCGAGGAGAGUGAAGGUCCGAUUGUUGCGGGUACCCUGUUGCCCUGCUCGCCGCAUCCCCAUCCUGGAUCAUCCCUACUGCCUUUGUAAGUCAUUUCAAGCUGUCGAUGCCACGAUUUAAGUGGUGGAUUCCCAUGGAGCAGGCCACCAUGGCAUCUUGUGCCCAGGCUUUAAGCUCUAGCUCCUUAUCCAGGAGUCCAGGCGCUCUGUUGGGUUCGUCACGACUGACCCUGUGUACCAGGGGAGUGUUUUCGCCAGUUUGUGUUUCCAUGAGGAAGGGCUUUCGGGGAAGAAGUUUCUGUGUUAUUCGGGCAUCAGUGACAGGACAGUUGAAUCAGUUUGUGCAGUCUGCAAUUAAGGCACUCAAGCUUUUGUGGAUGCAAACAGGGGGUAAGGAGGCGGAAACUGCUCGGUUGGCGACGAAUGAUGGCUCGGCUCAGUCUGCUUCGCCGGUGUCGGCGAAAGAUGAGUCACGAGUAGCAGGUUCCCAGAACGGGGUUGCAGUUGCUACUGAAACUACAGUUAGUAUAACUGUUGUAGGAGCUUCUGGAGACUUGGCGAAGAAGAAAAUCUUUCCAGCUUUGUUUGCUCUCUACUACGAGGGUUGUUUGCCCAAGCAUUUUACCGUGUUUGGUUUUGCUCGAAGCAAGAUGAACGAUGAAUCGUUGCGAGAGAUGAUUUCGGGAACACUUACUUGCAGGAUCGAUCAAAGGGAGAAUUGCGGUGACAAACAAGAAGAGUUUUUGAAACGGUGUUUUUACCAUUCCGGCCAGUACAGUUCAGAGGAAUCUUUCGGAGAGCUCUCCAAAAAGCUUCACGAGCAUGAGGGCGAUAGAGUGGCCAACCGACUAUUCUACCUCUCUAUUCCGCCUGAUGUCUUUGUGGAUGUUGCCCGGUGUUCAAGUCUAGCUGCUUCUUCAGCAAAUGGCUGGACACGUGUUAUUGUAGAGAAGCCAUUUGGUCGAGAUUCAGAAUCCUCUGCAGAGCUUACACGGGGUUUGAAAACUUACUUGAAUGAAGACCAGAUCUAUAGAAUUGACCAUUACUUGGGAAAGGAAUUAGUGGAAAAUCUGUCAGUGUUGCGAUUUUCAAAUCUCGUUUUUGAACCAUUGUGGUCACGACAGUACAUAAGGAACGUGCAAUUCAUUUUCUCUGAAGACUUCGGCACUGAAGGUCGUGGCGGGUAUUUUGAUAACUACGGCAUCAUUCGAGACAUUAUGCAGAAUCAUCUUCUCCAGAUACUGGCACUGUUUGCCAUGGAGCCACCUGUGAGUUUGGAUGCUGAAGACAUUCGAAAUGAGAAGGUAAAAGUUCUCAGGUCAAUGAGGGUACUGGAUACAGACAAUGUGGUGGUUGGCCAAUAUAAAGGGCACACCCGUGGCGGAGUGAGGUAUCCUGCCUACAUUGAAGACAAAACUGUGCCCAACAACAGCAUUACUCCCACGUUUGCUGCAGCUGCUCUUUUUAUUGACAACGCUCGUUGGGAUGGAGUUCCAUUUCUGAUGAAGGCCGGGAAAGCCCUACAUACGAAAAGGGCUGAGAUCCGAGUCCAAUUCAGACAUGUACCUGGCAGUCUCUACAAGAGGAGUUUUGGGGCCGACAUCGACCAAGCAACAAAUGAAUUGGUAAUUCGCGUGCAGCCUGAUGAAGCUAUAUACUUGAAGAUCAACAAUAAGGUGCCAGGUCUGGGCAUGAGAUUGGAUCGAUCGAACUUAAAUUUGCAUUAUGCCGAUCGGUAUAAUCGGGAAAUCCCUGAUGCGUAUGAACGGCUGUUACUAGAUGCCAUCGAGGGUGAGCGCCGACUUUUCAUUCGUAGUGAUGAACUGGACGCUGCAUGGGCAUUGUUCACGCCUCUACUGAAAGAGUUAGAAAAACGAAAAGUAGCUCCAGAGCUUUACCCAUAUGGCAGCCGUGGUCCAGUAGGUGCCCAUUAUCUGGCUGCCAAGUACAACGUUAGAUGGGGGGAUAACAGCUCAGAGACUUCUGACAGUGUAUAAACCAUGACUGCAGCUGAUAGUUGCUAAGGAUCAGAUCAGACCUGGUGGAUAUCAGUGAUAAUCACUUUUGAUUGAUGUUUUUACAAUUUGUACUUCACAAGUUGACACUACAGCUGCCCUGGGCCGUUGGAGUCAUUCUACAACGAAUCCGUCGACUUAUAUGGUGGUCUUCAGAAACUACCCGAGCAGCAGUUGCUCAAAGCAGUGAGAAGGAAAGUCUGAAGGAGUUGUUGUAGCCGGAGAAGAAGAGAUGAACCGGAUAAAGUUAUAAGCAAAUCCAAUGGUGCAAUUCGGGUUCGCGGUUGCCAAGUCCACUAUUCGAUCUCAUCACUGGCAGGCACUGUAUACUGGAAGAUGUUAAGCAUAUAUCACCACUAACAUAGUACUAGGGCUCAGUUAGUUCUUCAUACAAUUUUGACAUGAUGUGUUAGAUCCUUGAAUUCUCAUUAAAACGUGGUUGCUUUCCCGCUACCAUACUGCUUUGGUUUUGUGCCUCAGUUUCCUUGUGUAAUGGAGUUGCACAAGUGAACAUUACUAGCUUAACCUACAAAUAGCUGUUUCAUAACUCGGACUAUCUGGAAUAGGCACACCAACAUUUUCUCGAUUUGGGUCCUCAUUUCUUUCGCUUUAGUGUUAGCGAUCAAUUUCUGUUCAGAAUCUUUAAAUGUAAAUGCUAAAAAUGAAUAAAUAAACAGUUGAUUAGGAUCA